AUGGACAUGCGCAAGAAGUGGGAUUCACUGAAGGCCACGUGUAACGAGGGUGCACAUCUCCACUGGCCUAAGGCCGCCACAGCAUGGGCAAGCUUUUCCCACCUAAUUAGACACUCUCUACUACCUGUCCGGGGAUCUUCUUCCUCACCAGGCAAGACCGGUUACAUGUACACAUGUUUAUGCUCUCAUCGUGUCCGGCCGGUUGUGCAGCCACGAGGCGAGUCUUGA